GGUGGAGCUCAGUCAGCAGCACUCAGCAUGCAGCUGCGCGCCUUCCACCACACGGGGGCGCUGCUGAGAGGCCGAGGUGGACAAUAGAAGAAGAGGUUUCCGUUUCCGGUCAGACGGUCAACGCAGCAAGCAAACUUCAAAAUGCCUAAAUCCAAGGAAGUUCUCUCCUCCACCUCCGGAAGCGACUCCGACAGCGAGGUGGAGACCAAGGCAAAGAAGAAGAAGCUCAGCGCUCCCGAAAAGCCCGCCAAAAAACCCAAGACUGGAGAGAGCUCCAAGCCCGGGGGCUCGUCCAGGUCUGGCGGGGGUCCAGAAGACAACAUGUUUCAGAUCGGAAAGAUGCGGUACGUGAGCGUCAGGGACUUCAAAGGGAAGGUUCUGAUCGACAUCAGAGAGUACUGGAUGAACCAGGACGGCGAGAUGAAGCCGGGGAAGAAAGGCAUCUCUCUGAACCCGGAGCAGUGGAACCAGCUGAAGGACCAGAUGUCAGAAAUCGACGAGGCCAUCAAGAGAACAUGAGCAUUCCUGUCCGUCUUGUUUUUGUAGCCUCUUUUUUCCUGUUUUCUAAAGUUUCUCUCGUUUGUAGUUUCCAGUUGUGCUCUCUGGUUCUGUGUGUGUGUGAGGGGGGGGGCGCCUAUACAGUUUUUGUAUGUGAGAAUAAAGACGACGGGAGCGUGGACGUCUGUGUGCAGUUUGUUCUCCGAGGGCCUGAUCCAGAUCGGUACCGGUCCGUGGGACAGUUGCUGCCGGGUCGCUGACAUUUUUCCCCCCCUGUUUUUCCCCCCUGUUAUAUGUAGAAUCAGAUUCAGAAGGAAGUUUUAAUUUGAAAAAUUCCCUCCACCACAUCCUUGUCGCAUGUCAAGUCGCUCCGUCGGGAAUCGAACCUUCGGCCGCUACGUUCUUAGAGCGACGGUGCCGACUGCUCCAAGCUAGCAAAGUUAAUAAAAACAAGCAUAUUUGGCUGAAAAGAGGAAACGGAAUCCUUUGACUUCAAAAUAAAAGAAAUCUAACAAA